AAAUGUUGGACCGGACGGGUUGGUGUAUUCAGUUCAGCGGACACCACAAGACAAUGAAUUUGCCUUAUUGAAACAAAGGCCAUGUCGGGAUGUUGCUGCAAUCAGUUAAAUAUAUCUAUCAAACAAAUUGUGUCGUCUAUUUGUAGCAACAUUGUUUGCAUUUUGAUGCGAAGUGUAACAAUAAUGAAACAACCCGGGGAAAAGUAAUCAAUGUAAUAGUUUUGUAUUUUAUUUCACCCGACUUUUCGUUGAUUUCACGUUGAAUUCGCGUUAGUUGAGGGAACAUGUAAAGAGAAAGACAAUUAACCAAUAAGUCAUAAGGACACUUAUUUUUCCGUUCUAAUUGUAGGCCAUAGCCAUAUGAAAAUGUAUAGCCUCAUGCAGAAUUGGUCCCCCAAUGCAAAUGCUAAAUGACAUCAACAUGAUGGGACUGCAUAGGUUGGCGGUCGUUUCAAAAAUGUAUUUCAUAAGCGACAGCACCAGAACAGCCUGAAAUAAAAUGAAUAAUGCACGCCAUACAAAAUUAUGAGAGACAGAUUGAGACGUGGAUAGAGUAGAAAUCAGCAUAAAUUCGGAUGUAAUAUCAGAGUGAGGAGUCCAUAUGCGGUCUGGUAGCAGCCAGUGAGCAGGUGUUUGGGUGCGAUGAAUAGAGAGAGGAGAGUGGGUGAUUCUCCCCCCUCCACCAUGUGAUGACGGUCAGACUGACUGUAUCACCGGAGCGAUGGUUUUAGUCACUUUCAACAGCAACAAAACGGCAACAGUAGCACUUGACGUAAAGCCUCCACCACAGAACCGGAGCAGCACGGCGCUCAGAACAACAGGACAUGAAGUUUGUCCCACAUCCAAACAAUUUUGGUACCAAACACACAGAAUGGAAAUAGACUGCAGGCUGGAUGGAGUGAGGAUGUCGACGGAAUAUGUCGCCUUGAUUCUUCGACUGUAAUUUCUAGCAGUCGGUAACAGCAUCUCUCUAAUUUUGAAUUGAAAUGCUUUCGGUAAGGAGAGUUAUGACAAGAGUUGCUGCAGGGUGCCGCAUUGCCUGCCCGCUUGGAUAGUGUAACGCUUUUAUGGUAAUUGUAUUAUUGGCAUUUUGGGUGGGGAUGGACAAUAAUGGCUGUCUUACAAUUCUGUGCUUAGGCUUUCAACAUAGCCAGCAACAUAUUUAGACCUAUUUGGGAAGUCAGCCACAGCCAAUAUUGUGACUGAAUUGAGAGCUACAAAUGUCGAUGUAUGAAAAUAAACUUGGAAACAGAAGUCAAAUGUACCGUACAGGUGGAAACCAAAUGGAGCUGUCCAGAAAGUGAACACAGUCAAUGUUGCUAGCACCUUCCAUCAUACUCAGGGAAGCAGGACGAUAUCUGAAGUCAGGCUUUGAUUUUAGGGUCCUGGUUGAGAAGGUCCAAUAGACCUGUACGUGACGCAUUCAUUGUUGACGACUUUUUGGCUCUAUCUACGGCAACAAUUCUACCUACCAUUCAAAAUUGGCCGUGGACGUUGAAGCAAGAACGAUGACUCACUUACAAUCCGGCUUGUCCCCAGAAACACUGGAGAAAGCCAAGGUGGAGUUAAAGGAGAACCCCGACACUGCACAUCAGGACAUUCAGGAGGUGAGGGACAUGAUUAUCACGCGCCCAGACAUUGGCUUUCUUAGGACAGACGAUGCUUUCAUCCUACGCUUUCUCAGAGCUCGGAAAUUUAACCAUUUCGAGGCGUUCCGCCUCUUGGCCCAGUAUUUUGAGUAUCGUCAGCAAAAUCUGGAUAUGUUCAAGAACCUCAAAGCAACCGAUCCGGGCAUCAAGCAAGCUCUCAAAGACGGAUUUCCGGGGGUGUUGACCAACUUGGACAGAUAUGGCAGGAAAAUACUGAUUCUCUUCGCUGCUAACUGGGACCAGAGCAGGUAUACAUUUGUGGACAUACUUCGAGCUAUCCUGUUGUCGCUGGAGUCCAUGAUAGAAGAUCCAGAGUUACAGGUGAAUGGAUUUGUCCUGAUCAUCGACUGGAGCAACUUCACAUUCAAGCAAGCCUCCAAACUAACACCGAGUAUGCUGAGACUGGCCAUAGAAGGUCUACAGGACAGCUUCCCUGCCAGGUUCGGAGGAAUCCAUUUUGUGAACCAGCCGUGGUACAUCCACGCCCUGUACACCGUCAUACGCCCCUUUCUGAAGGACAAGACGAGAAAACGGAUCUUCAUGCAUGGGAACAACUUGAACAGCCUUCACCAGCUCAUGCACCCUGAGAUCCUGCCCUCUGAACUGGGUGGGAUGAUGCCCCCCUACGACAUGGGCACCUGGGCCCGCACCCUUCUGGACCACGCCUAUGAUGAGGAGACCGAGUACUGCCCCGAGUCCUACACCCUGUCUGUCAAAGACCUUGAGAAAGACCUGUCUCCUAAAACCAUGAAGAGGUCCCAGUCGGUGGUGGAGCCCGGAGUGCUUAAACGGCCAGAAAAAGUGAAGAGCGAGGAGGAGAACAUGCAGCCGCUGCUCUCGCUGGACUAAAGUACAGCGCGACAACACAAGCAGACCAGGAAACAUCGCCCUCAGACAGAAAGACAGACGGAGGGGAGACAAUCCCCAUGCUCCCUCCAACAACAAAAAAAGAACACAGAGACGUAACGAUGCGAGGGAAGAGAUCGGAGCAUGAGGAGAACCUCUUCUGGCAUCAUAAAGACGAGCAAACGCCGACAUUUUGAGAGAUAUUUCGAAAAACAAAAAGGGAAGAGAAGCUAAUGGCGGAGGUCCAAAUGUUAUUGUCAAGUGCCAAUUCAAAACUGUAAAUACACUUCCGAUCUAAACACUAGGAGGAUGGGGGAGUCAUUGUGUCAGGAAAACAUGCAAAGACUGCUGUUAAUAUUCUGUAUGUGCUUCUCGUGAAAUAUUUUGUGAUAAAAGUGGUACCAUAGGAGGUUGAUGGGAAAUCACGCUUAAAGGGGAUUGUAAGCUGGGGGCUUUUGGUACAGUAUUUAACAUUUCCAAACCGGCAAGUGCAGCUCGGGAUUUGUUCUAAUAACGUUUGUUUUUUAUUUUAUUUUUUACAUUUAACCUUUAUUUAACUAGGCAAGUCAGUUAAGAACAUAGUCUUAUUUACAAUGACGGCCUGCCGGAGAUCAGUGGGUUAACUGCCAGUAACCAUGAAAACAUGACAAAUGUCUCAUAUUUUGAAAUGAUUUAGUAUCAGCUAUUGGUUCAGCUCAGAAGAGGUAACAGUGUUGUCACUGUGUCAUGUGAUUCCAAAAAUGUGUUCCUGUUCAAGGAUGAUCUUGAAACGAUCUGUUUCCAUAGGAGAUGUUGCCCACUACUGCACACACCUACUUGAAAAUACAUUUAGAUACACUAUUUAAAAUAUAUAGAUAUUAUUAUUAUUAGAAUACCUCAUAUCUUAUUUUAGGAUGCUGGAAGUUAAGAUACAGUAUAAUGUAUACAUAUGAUAUCAAGCUUUUGUGAUGUCUGCAGGCGUACAGUCAGUUUAUGCCACUGUGUGAUCUUCCGUUGCUAGCUCCUUUAUUUCUCCCUGCAUGACGGUGAACCUCGAGGCAAGUGUUCAGCUCUGGAGCCUCUGAGCCCUGACACAGUGCUGCCUUCCUGCUAUGCCACUAACAUGGAUUCACUCUGGCGUGUCUGCCUGGCUGCCCAGAACUAGGCCAGACAGAUCGACAGUCCUAAUACCCAGUGAUCACACGGUCCUGGCAAUAUCAUCUCCAGCUCGAUAACCGAGGAUCUUAUGCUCUCAGCUGCUGCAGACCCAGGAACCUCUUUGGUUUCUUUGGUUAAGGGAGGGCGCCGUAACAACUUGUCAGUGUCACCCAGUCUGUCUGUAGUGACCGUCAGGUAGCGAUGUGUGAGAGGCAUUGCAAUAACCCGAUAGAUGAACAAUGGUAUUGUUGUCCGAAGCCUCAUUGAUCGGAUGCUGCUGUCUGUGUGUUUGUCCCAGGUUUAAAGUAUUUCAUGUUUUUGUGUGAUGUUCGUCAGUAUUUGAAGGCAUCCAUGACUCGUUUGGCCUGUGCACUAUUCAGAUCAUCCUACAUUACAGGAUGAUGAUGCAACAACAGCAGCAGCUUUUUUGAGGCUGGAACACACGUUUGAGAAUUGAAUAUGUUAAGCAUCUGUAAUAUAAGACUGUUUUCAUGUAUGCAGACUUGCCAUUUCAACCAAAGCCCCCCUUUGACAAAACAACGUCUUUAUUGUGUAAUGCUUCACUUCAUCCAUGGCUUCAAGGUACAGUAACGACUUCUUAUGACAGUUAAUAAUUGUUCAUGAAAUGAAUGCAUGUUAUUGCUUCGAGUUAAUCCUUUGGUUUCAUGUUUCCAUGUCAAUUUGAUUGUAUAUACUGUACACUACCGUUCAAAAGUUUGGGGUAACUUAUAAAUGUCCUUUUUUUAAAUUAAAAUUACUUCAAAUUGAUCCAAAAUACAGUGUAGGCAUUGUUAAUGUUGUAAAUGACUGUUGUAGCUGGAAAUGGCAGAUUUGUUAUGGAAUAUCUACAUAGGCGUACAGAGGCCCAUUAUCAGCAACCAUCUCUCCUGUGUUCCAAUGGCAUGUUGUGUUAGCUAAUCCAAGUUUAUCAUUUCAAAAGGGCUAAUUGAUCAUUAGCAAAACAUUUUGCAAUGAUGUUAGCACAGCUGAAAACUGUUGUGCUGAUUAAAGAAGCACUUUCUUCUGAAACUCGUCAGUCUAUUCUUGUCCGGAGAAAUGAAGGCUAUUCCAUGCAAGAAAUUACCAAGAAACUGAAUAUCUCGUACAACACUGUGUAUUACUCCCUUCACAGAACAGAGCAAACUGGAUAUACCCAGAAUAGAAAGAGGAGUGGGAGGCCCCAGUGCACAACUGAGCAAGAGAACAAGUACAUUAGAGUGUCUAGUUUGAGAAACAGACGCCUCACAAGUCCUCAACUGGCAACUUCAUUAAAUAGUACCCCCAAAACACAAGUCUCAACGUCAACAGUGAAAAGGCAACUCCUGGAUGCUGGCCUUCUAGGCAGAGUUGCAAAGAAAAAGCCAGACUGGCCAAUAAAAAUAAAAGUUUAAGAUGGGUAAAAGAACACAGACACUGGACAGAGGAACUUGGUUUAGCUAACACAACAUGUCAUUGGAACACAGGAGUGAUGGUUGCUGAUAAUGGGCCUCUGUACGCCUAUGUAGAUAUUCCCCCCAAAAUCUGCCGUUUCCAGCUACAAUAGUAAUUUACAACAUGAACAAUGUUUACAAUGUAUUUUGGAUUAAUUUGAUGUUAUUUUACUGUACAGAAAAAAAGUGCUUUUCUUUCAAAAACAAGGACAUUUCUAAGUGACCCCAAACUUUUGAACGGUAGUGUACAUGUAGGGACAGAUAAGAGAGAAACUCAAAUUAGAGGUCUCGUCAAAUCACAGAUUAUUCAAAGCAGACGUGUUGGGAAGAGUGUUUAAUGUUUAAAAGUCCUUGAAAACAACUUGCUGAAUUAAAUUAUGUAAAUGAAUCAAACAUGAGCAACCAAUAAAUAUGGACACACAG